CCAUGGUCUUCUAUUAACAGAGGGAGACCCAAAGCAAUCUAAGCUUUUGGUCUUCUAGGGACAGCGGCCCGUCUGGGCAAGUGGUCCCAGGCCACUAGAUUUUAAACAAAAACAGCUACUCACAAAAGAAGGUUUGAAAUGAAAUGCUCCCUGUGCAUGCACCAAUUAUGACCAGAUGAGGGCAUGCAGCCCAGUGUUUUCGACGCCAUUGUACGCCUGCUGCAAUGGAUGUUACCAGCUCUUUUCUCCCAGUGCAGUCACAUGACGAGGGCGUGCAGCCCAGUGCCACGUCACAGUGCCAGAUCAGCAGUGCCACUUCAACAGUGCCACGUCACAGUGCCAAGUCACAGUGCCACGUCAGCAGUGCCACGUCACAGUGCCAGAUCAGCAGUGCCACGCCAGCAGUGCCAGGUCACAUUGCCACGUCAGACAUAGUGCCACGUCAGACACAGUGCCACGUCAGCAGUGAUGUUCGACACAGUGCCAUGUCAGCAGUGCCACGUCAGCAGUACCACGUCAGACAGUGCCACGUCAGCAGUGCCACAUCAGCAGUGCCACGUAAGCAGCAGUGCCAGGUCAGCAACAUCACGGGCCUGCCAGGCCAACUGGCCAAUGAGACCAUUGCCGCCUACAAGCAGCGUUGCCUGGCUCAGAUAGAGGCUGAGGAACAACGCCUGCUGGCAGUCGAGGCAGCAGCAGCAGAGAAGCUGCGGCUACAGGCCGAUGCAGACGCAGAUGCCCAGGCUCGCCGCAAGGAAGCCCAGGAUCUGCUGCAGCGGCAUGAAGCCAACAGCAUCGACAGACUCGAGUACUGGCAUUUUAAACCGAAGGGCGACGAGGCAACAUCGGAAGAGAAGCACAAGGAGUUCCUCUCCAAACUCGUGACGCGGUUGUUGUAUGCUUGCAACUACCAACGGUCAGAGUUGGAGAGACAGUACCGGGACCUGACGCAACAGCAUCAGGAGUUGGCGACGCUCCGCCGCACAGUGCAGAGCCACGAGGAUGCAGCUCGGGCACUCAAUGCCCGAUUGUUGGACCUGGAACAAGCUGUACCAGGACCAGUUGCUGGAGCUUCCAACAGUGCACCCUCAAGCCGCCAACUGGAGGACCGCGUUGACCACGUAGUGGCAAUGCUCGGCGACAUCAGCACCUUCGCUGCGCCGACCACCACCAUCAGCAGUCAGCUGCAUACAUUGAAGACCGAGGUCCAGAUGCUGCAGUCGACGAACGCGGACGACAAUCCAAAAAUGUACAAGAUGCCAACUUUCAACCUGGAGAGGUUCGACGACUACACGCAGCAGGAUCCCGUCCAGGAUUCUGGCAGUAGCCAAGCAUGCACCUGGUUGAGCCACCUGGCAACCUCCCACGGCGUCUACGUACCAGACUUGAAGGACGUAAUCACAUGGGAGGAACUGACACAGCUGUGGAAGAAGCAGUUCAUCGUCGACGACGCGCCGACACUCGCCAUCAACCGUUUGUUCACCAUGUCACAGGGCAACACAGCAACACGGGACUGGCUCACGGAGUGGCAGAAGAUUGCGGCUGUGCCCAAUCUGAACCUACCAUUCGAGCAUCUACGCCGUGAGCUCUACAACAGGUCCUGUGCGGCAUUGAGCCAGGCUCUUGGUGAUCGCGAGCAGUACUUAACCUUCGCGGAGAUCAUUGACAAAGCGAGGGAGAUCAUCAAGACCAACAGGUCAGUUGCACACGAGAAAUCAACAUCAUGGCAGCCGACCUAUGUGGAGAAGGUACGAACUGGUCCGCAACAGCAGCACUUCGCUGCAGUCCAGCAGGACAGUGGAGAUAACCCAGCAGCCACUCCAGCAUCAAGUGACGGAGAUCAGGUGGCCGCUGUCCAGCCGCGAAGCACCAACAAGUCCCGCAACAAUAGGAAGGCGAAAUCCGCAUCACAGGCCGGAAAUGGACAACCAGGACAGUUGCCAUGGGUCAAGUUUGGCUUGACCGAGGCGGAGUACAAGCUUGGGAAACUGAGCUCCGCGGAAGGUGAGGCGACUCCACCUUCUACUCCGCUAGAUUCGGCCGCCUUGCCAGCGGCCUCCUGCACAUCUGGGGAGGAUGCGAAUGUCGCAAGUCCUCGGUAUACUUACGAGGAUUAUGCUGUCCACUUGGUUCCACCACUGGACCAACCGCUCCACGUGCAACAGUCCACCGCAUGCACGGUUUCAUCACCAUCAGCAACCGAUUCGGCAGCUUCGCCGCAAUCUAUCGCCGGGGAUUCGACGUCAUGGUCAAGACUUGAAGAGCUCGACCCAUUGACGUUCACGGACUUCCAGUGGAUGCCCGUUCCCUCGACCGGACGAUUGCCGAAACCGCAUUGUAACGUGCUUAUGGCACAAUUGGAGGACUACUUGCACACUGUAGUACCAGCUCCGUUGAUGGACGCCGGAGCAGAGGUUGUCGACCUUCACGCUUUCAUCGCGAAGAUCGACCGCGAGUUCAAGACGCAACGGUACGACGACAUCGACGCACCAUUGCUAUACAUACGCAUUCAGAUCGGAGAGGCGACCUGCAGUGCCUUGAUCGAUUGCGGAGCAUCUCGCAACUACAUCAGCCAGGACUUCAUGGUACGCGCCGGCCUUGGCCCACGUGUCCGGAGGAAGUCCCAGCCUACACAAGUCACUCUGGCAGACGGUCAUACGCAGAAGUUCAUCGACCGGUGCAUUCACGCCGUCCCAGUGUACUUUGCCCCUCACGCAAGUGAGGCGGUGUCCUUUGAMAUUCUGGACACCAAAUUCGACAUGAUCUUGGGCAUGUCAUGGCUGCGAAGCAAGGAUCACCCGGUGAACUUCUUCAACCGCACCGUUCACGUUCGUGACCGGAACGGAGUAUUAGUUCCAUGCGCGGUGCCUCUUCCUCAUCCUUCGAUCAGCUGCCACGUGGUAUCCGCCGCAAGCAUGCGAGCUUCCAUCAUCCGAGACGACAUCGAGGAGAUGGGGGUGUGUUUUCUCCACGCCCUCCCGCCAUAUGACGCUUCAUCGACGGACUCACCUUCGGAUCCACGCAUCACCGAACUUCUCAACGCCUGCAGCGACGUGUUCGAAGGCCCGCACGGAGUAGUACCGGAUCGACCCAUCCGCCACGAGAUCAUCCUCGAGGACGAGGCCGUACCUCCGCGCGGUUGCAUCUACCGAAUGAGCGAGGAAGAGUUAAGUGUGCUUCGGGCACAACUCGACGACCUUCUAGAGAAAGGCUGGAUUCGGCCUAGCUCAUCGCCAUGCGGUGCUCCUGUUCUCUUCGUCCGGAAGAAGAACAAGGACCUGCGGUUGUGCAUCGAUUAUCGCAAGCUCAACACGCAGACGAUCAAGAACGUCGGCCCUCUCCCACGCAUCGACGACCUUCUCGAGCGAUUGGGCGGCGCCCAGUUCUUCUCUAAGCUGGAUCUCAAGUCAGGGUACCACCAACUCRAGAUUCGCAAGGAGGAUCGCUACAAGACCGCGUUCAAGACUCGGUGCCAUUUCGAAUGGCUGGUCAUGCCAUUUGGCCUUACGAAUGCCCCAGCCAUUUUCCAAGCGGCUAUGACGAUGGACCGGAGUCUGGACGAGCAUGUGGAACACCUGCGCACCGUUUUGGAGCGGCUACGACAGGCCAAGUACAAAGCAAACCGCGACAAGUGCGAGUUCGCACAGCAGGAGCUGGAGUACUUGGGACACUAUGUGACGCCGCAAGGCAUCCGUCCGUUUGCGGACAAGAUCGAGGCCCUACGAGUAUGGCCCGAGCCCACCAACACCACGGACGUCCGUUCAUUCAUGGGGUUGGCGGGCUACUAUCAGCGAUUCAUCACCGGAUACUCCAGGAUUGUUGCACCUAUGACGAGCAAGCCCCGCAACCGCAAUCCCUACGGCGAGUUACACCCGAUGCCUAUCCCACGGGAACCCGGUCUCUCCAUUGCCAUGGACGUCACCGGUCCGUUUCCUCGCGACCGGCUCGGACACGACGGCAUCCUCACGGUUGUGGACCGAUUGAGUAAGUACGCGCGUUUUCUCCCUUGCAAGUACUACUCCACGGCUCCUGAGCUGGCACGCCUCCAGCACACUGGUUGGAUUUGUGGCCACGGUGUACCAGAAGACAUUGUCAGCGACCGCGACACUCGUUUCAUGUCGGCGUUUUGGACUGCUCUCAUGCAGGAGUCCGACACAACAAUGAAACCAGGUUCGGCUCGAUACCCUCAGACAGACGGGCAGACGGAGCGGGCACAUCAGAUCGCUCAAAUGAUGCUUCGUACGCUCAUCCGUCCGGACCAGAAAGAUUGGGUUGACCGCCUCCCCGACAUCGAGUUCGCCUACAACACUUCGGUGCAUCCGGCGAUCGGCGUGACUCCAUUCGAGUUGCACCACGGUGGACGGAAAGGUCGGAUCUUCGCCGACCUUCUCCUCCCUCGACCAGCCGACAUCGACGCUGCCUGCUCUCCUUCUUCCGUCCGGAAGUACAGGGAAUUGCUGACUCAAGCCCGCGCAAAUAUGCAAAAAGCUCAAGUCCGCAUGCAGCAGCAAGCCAACAGGCGUCGCGUACCAUGUCCCAUCCGCGCCGGUGAUCUGGUUUGGGUCUCCGCGGAAGAGUUUGCACUGGAACAGGAUGUUUCACGCAAACUGCUUCCCAAGUGGUUUGGACCUUGGUCUGUGACAGCAGCCGCGGGCGAUGAGCCCUAUGGCCCUUCAUUUGUGAUCAACAUUCCAGAGCAUCUGACAGUCCAUCCGGUCUUCUACGCCUCGAAGCUGGCAACUUACACGCCAGCCAAGAGCGACGACUUUCCGGACCGACGAUCGCAGGACCCUCCUUCUAUGGAUGGCCAUCAGGAAGUUGACCGCGUCAUCUCCGAUCGCAAGUACGGCAGCAAGCCGCGACAGUAUGACGUCACAUUCAAAGCAUGCGAUCGCGACGACACUCGGUGGAUAUCAGGCGCAGAUUUGAAAGCAUCCGCACCGCUGAUCUACGCGCAUUAUGAAAAGCGCAGGUUAGCUCAGGAAGCUUCACGACCAGCCCCUCCCACCCGGACAAUGCAGCUCGUGCUUGAGAGGAAUCUUCCGGCGAUUGUCUACGACUUCGGCUAUAAAAAAAUGCCUUUUCCAAGCCAGGGAUUCGACCUCAUCCACGGCAGUGCCUGUGGCGCUUUGGCUGAGAACCACAUGGUGAAAAUGAUAGAAAUAGACCGUGUCCUUCGCCCAGGAGGGGUGUUUAUCUGGGAGGCUGGCCUGGCAAACAACUCGAAAGACGACUUGAAGGCAACAAGUGAUGCUGCAGAAAAGUUAUGCUGGACCCCUCAGAGAAUGAAUCUUUCGCAGUCGGCUGGUGUUCAGGCCUGGCAAAAGCCAAGGACUCAAGCAUGCCUCCUUUCGCGGCCUGAAGGCCAGUAUCCACCUCUGUGUGAACAGGUGGCAAGCAAUGCUUCAUUGAUGGCAAAGUGGACUAAGCUUCUUGAUCCAAAGGUAGCCAGGAAACAGUCGGCCAUUUCAAUGUUGCUUGGCGAUGCUAAUGGACCACUUGGUGCCCCUCAGAUUCCCUGCAUCUACAAGUACUCGAACCCCGCACCAUCAUUCAAAGAAUGGGAGUUCUGUCACAAACUGAGACCAGAUGCGGGACUACCACUGAAAGAGAACUGUUCCAAGCGAAUAAGGCAUCGACGGUGGAGCAUUGACGAUCUUCCGGACUGGCCAGCAAGGCUAAACGCCCUCUCUGUAAGGGUUAACGAGAUCCCAACCUUUUACUCUGCUGCAGCUCAGAUCAGGGCUGAUUUCAUUUACUGGCAAAGAGCAGUGGAGCAUUACUUCAAGGUGGACAAGCGCCUGCAGAAUGAAAUUCACAAUGUCAUGGACAUGAAUGCGAACUUCGGAGGGUUCGCUGCAAUUCUGAGCAACCACAGCUUGUGGGUUAUGAAUGUCGUUCCCACCACAGUGCCAAACACCUUGCCUGUCAUCUUUGAUCGCGGACUAAUAGGGACGACUCAUGACUGGUGCAAGCCCUUUCCAUCUUACCAGCGGACUUACGACCUUCUACAUGCAAGGAAUUUGUUCUCACUGCAGUGGAGAAGCUGCAGUGCGUUGACUAUUCUAAUGGAAAUGGACAGGCUUGUGAGACCUGAAGGAUAUAUUAUCAUUCGGGAUAAGCUUGAGAUUCUGCUGAUGAUCAAAGACGUUGCGCCGAAACUUCGGUGGAACGUUCGGCUCUUCGACGGUGAUAAUGGCCCGCUUGGAAAUGACAAGGUUUUGAAUUGCCGCAAGGAAUUUGUUACGCUUUAAACCAGCAGUACCUUUGCCGCUUGGAAAAUAGCGGGACUCGGGUAGGCAUCCGACCUUUGCAGCGGCCGAAACGAAACGACGGCCACCGAUCAGAUUUAUCAACGGUAGUCGUCGUCGGGCCUGACCUCCAAAAAUUCAGGCGCUUGGGAAAACUGCCAGUUUUCCCUAUUUUCCCAUGCAGGAAAGGUACCGGUGGUUGAGACCACUUCUUGCGGAGCAGUCAAGAUGAGAAAUGAGCCAAAUUUUGCCGAAGUGUACGCCAGCAAAAAGUAUCACCUGCCACAAGU